AUGGCCGACUUUGAGGAGCUGUAUGGAGAGCUCCCCGAGGCCGAGCAGCCCGCCCCGCAAUCGGAUCAGCAGCAGCAGGGCAGCGCCGCGGGGCCUGCAGCGGCGGUAGAAGAGGGAGAUGACUUGUUUCAGCAGCUUUACGGCGAGGCGGCUCCCGAUGUAGCAGCAGAGGAGCAGCAGCCAGCACCUGGUGCGGGUGCAGGCACGCCCCUCGACGCGCCGCAGGCGGCCCAGCCGCCUGCCGGGGCUGCGCUGCCGGGGCUGACGGCGGCGGCGCCGCAAGCGGCGGCAACGGCACCAGCGGCAGCAGCUCAGCAGCAGCAGGCGGAAGAGGAGGACGACGACGAUCUGAUGAUCACCCUUGACGAGAAUGCCACGGCGGGUGGAGCCCUCGGCGCACCGGCCGUGGGCGCCGCUCCCGGCCAGCACAUGGACAUUAGCGAUGCGGCGGCGCCGGGGGGGCACCCAGGAGGCGGCGGCCCGCGCGGCGGCGGCCCCGGCGGCGGCUUUGGCUCGCAGCAUGCCAUCGGCGGCAUCCCCCGCAGCGCCAUCCCCGGCCUGGGCCUCAGCACAGGCGGCUACCAGCCCGCCGCCAUCCCGGGGCUCGCCGCCAGCGGCGGCGGCGGGCCCCCCGCGGCGCCCGGCGGCGCGCCCUCGCAGCCCGCGGCAGCGGCCGCAGCGCUGGCGGCCCCCGGCAUGCGCCCGCCCUUCCGUCCCUCACAGCAGCAGCGCCCAGCCAUGGAUGUCUCUCAAGCCGUCUUCCCUUCCGAGUGGCAGCCGGGCCUGCCGGUCAAGCUGCCCGGCCAGACGCGGGUCAGCCCCGAGGAGUACAAGGAGUUCCUGGCGCUGGGGCACGGCGAGAUCUUCAGCCUGGAUCUGGAUGCUGUGGUGGACGCGCCCUGGCGCCUGCCCGGCAUCGACCCUUCCGACUUUUUCAACUUUGGCCAGACGGAGCGGGGGUGGCGGGAGUACUGCCAGCGCGUGCAGCAGUACCGCCUGGAGUUCAGCAUGAAGGACAGGGACAGGGAGGACCGGCGCGGCCCGCCGGGCGGGCGGUACGAGGACCGCCUGGGCGGGCCGCCGCCGCCGCCGUUCCGCGGCGACCGGGGGCCGCCGCCGCCGGGGUUCCGCGACCGCGGGCCGCCGCCGGGGUUCCGCGACCGCGGGCCGCCGCCGCCUGGCUUCCGGCCCGACUUUCCACCCGGCCGCCGCGACGACAUCGACCGCGACAGGCAAGCAAGCAGUUGCACAUAA